CUCUCGGGGCAGCACGCGGUAUAAAGGCCUAUAAAAGAAAGGGUGGCUUGCGCAGACGCAGGUUGGAGUCCCGCUGCUCGUUCACACUCGCCAGAGGCAGAGAGGCUCACAGGAGGCAGAGAGGAUGAGAGAGAUCGUGCACAUUCAGGCCGGACAGUGCGGCAACCAGAUUGGAGCAAAGUUCUGGGAGGUGAUCAGCGACGAGCAUGGCAUCGAUCCGGCGGGGAACUAUGUUGGCGACUCUGACCUGCAGCUGGAGAGGAUUAGUGUCUAUUACAAUGAGGCCUCCUCUUCCAAGUACGUUCCACGAGCCAUCCUGGUGGACCUGGAGCCCGGCACCAUGGACAGCGUGCGCUCCGGGGCGUUCGGCCACCUCUUCAGACCAGACAACUUCAUCUUUGGCCAAAGUGGAGCCGGGAACAACUGGGCCAAGGGCCACUACACAGAGGGGGCGGAGCUUGUUGACGCGGUGCUGGACGUGGUGAGGAAGGAGUGCGAGAACUGUGACUGCCUCCAGGGCUUCCAGCUGACGCACUCGCUGGGCGGCGGCACGGGCUCCGGUAUGGGCACCCUGUUGAUCAGUAAAGUGCGGGAGGAGUACCCGGAUCGCAUCAUGAACACGUUCAGCGUGGUGCCUUCCCCCAAGGUGUCAGACACGGUGGUGGAGCCCUAUAACGCCACGCUGUCCAUCCACCAGCUAGUGGAGAACACGGACGAGACGUACUGCAUCGACAACGAGGCGCUCUACGACAUCUGCUUCCGCACGCUCAAACUGGCCACGCCCACCUACGGGGACCUCAACCACCUCGUGUCUGCCACCAUGAGCGGGGUCACCACCUCCCUGCGCUUCCCCGGCCAGCUUAACGCCGACCUGCGCAAGCUGGCCGUCAACAUGGUGCCCUUCCCCCGCCUGCACUUCUUCAUGCCCGGUUUUGCUCCCCUGACGGCCAGGGGCAGCCAGCAGUACCGCGCCCUUACAGUACCUGAACUUACACUGCAAAUGUUCGAUGCCAAGAACAUGAUGGCGGCUUGUGACCCGCGCCACGGCCGCUACCUCACCGUAGCCACUGUUUUCCGUGGCCGCAUGUCCAUGAAGGAGGUGGACGAGCAGAUGCUGGCCAUCCAGAGCAAGAACAGCAGCUACUUCGUCGAGUGGAUUCCCAACAACGUGAAGGUGGCUGUGUGCGAUAUCCCUCCCCGUGGCCUCAAGAUGUCCUCCACCUUCAUCGGCAACAGCACGGCCAUCCAGGAGCUCUUCAAGCGCAUCUCCGAGCAGUUCUCGGCCAUGUUCCGCCGCAAGGCCUUCUUGCACUGGUACACGGGCGAGGGUAUGGAUGAGAUGGAGUUCACCGAGGCCGAGAGCAACAUGAACGACCUGGUGUCCGAGUACCAGCAGUACCAGGAUGCUACGGCGGAGGACGAAGAGGAGAUGUACGAAGAUGAGGAGGAGGAGGAGUCAGAGGCUCCAGCCCAGAAGCCCUGAAUGAUUUCAGGAGAUGUUCUCACCUGUCUCCAGCUUACUCUGAUUGCACUCAUCUACCAUCGACUUAUCUCUGCUGACAACUUCUUAGCUCAGUAUUGUUGCUUAUGAAUAUUUUAUUAUUUGGUGAAGGUAUUUUGGUGUCUUUCGACCUAAAUAUGAUUAAAAUGUGAAAAAUAAAUCCGAUUUAAAAAAAUCUGUCCUAAUAGCUCUGUCCUUUUUGAUUAUACCAGGGCUAAUUGGUUUUA